AUUAAAGUGCAUGUCAUUUGUCAAAUGAAUUAUAAAUAAAAAGAUUUAACUUUUAAAAUAAAACGAUCAACAAAUGCUCCUGCAAUCUUUAAGUAAUAUGUCAGCGUCAUUUCAGGUUGGCACUCGAUACUUUGCACUAUUUGGGCAGCCGGUAUCAUGGUUCUAAAAUAUACAAGGUAGUCGCUAUAUGGUCAAACUACAGCCCUAAUAGGCGUAGCACAGCCCGUGACAAUAGAUCGCUGACGACCGAAAUAGUAUCCAGCGUGGUACUCCCUGGUGGCUGUAACGAGCUGAACAUCAUAACGAAAAAGGUGGCCGCAACUGAAAUGUGUUAUACUGGCGGAUCCGGUGCACGCUUAACAUAUGACAACGGUAGUCGAUUGUCAAUUAAGACAGUAAAAAAGCACCGGCCUUAUCUUUCUGCUUAAUUGAAAAGAUAUCAUCUUUCAUUAAAUGACUAUCUGCACUUUGUUAAGCUAAUUGCGCACCCGUUACAAUAAUAACCGUCGUUUCAAGACCCUAUAUUUCAAACACAAUGGAGAAAAAUGCCAAAUUCCGAUCUCUGCAGAAUCCCGCUAAUGUGUGCCGGCAUCUACAAAGUAAAAUCUUAGCGUCCGUCUCUAACAGCAUUAGUCUCGGUGAGGUUCGCAGUACUUUAGCAACUUUGAUGGAAGGCGAAUGGUCAGACGAAGAUAUCAUCGGCUUUUUUACAUACAGCCAGCAGAAAAUCUUCAAAGUUUCGUGUAGUCAAUUGUACAUGAACGAUCAAGAAAGUUCGAGUGAGGAAGAAGAUGAAUACCCUGUAGUUACGCCGAAUUCCACAGAGAAAUGCAGCUUUGUCACGCCGAUGGAUACCAUUACGUCUACUCAGGACAAUAGUUAUUUCUCAAAGUCGGAUGGGGAAAAACAGUAUUUCUCAGACUCGGAUUCCGAAAGACAGUAUGCCGCCACCAUUUUACGACGGCACAAUCAAUAUUUAAUAACGAAAUCUCCGAUGAAAGAGAAGACAGUUUUAGUUCCAAAGAUACGAAGCACUCAGGAAGUACUUUCGGUGAUAACAUCCAAAGAUAGUGAAAGCAACUUGUAUAGUGAUAAGCCUGAUGCAAAGGAACGCAAGGCAAGCACAACAAAACAACAGCCUUCACAAUAUAUUGCUUCAAAUGAGCCACGGCCUCAGAGAGUUGAUUCCGAUAACGAUGUAAGUUGUGAUAAUGAGACUUCCUCGAAAAAAGACCGAUCCACUCAAAAUAACUAUUUAGUUGGAAAACAAGAAACUUGUCCAGCCCGCAUCUUCAUACUCAAGCCACAAAAAAUGGUCACCCAGAUAACAGAUUCCCAAUCACCAUACCCCAAAAUUAGUCUUUGUAGUGACUCGGACUCCUGCAGUGGAACUUCUGCUGGCAGUUCACAAAAAAAUCUUCGGCCCCAGGUUAACACAGAUUUCGAGGCUGAGAUUGCCAGGCGGCUAAAAUUGGAACCUAUGGAGCGCCAAAAACGUGAGAAUAAUCAAAGCGAGUUUUUUAAUCGAAAAGACAAUUUGGAUAACGAACGAAGUGGCCGUCAUCAUGGCUCCGAAACUAACACCGAUCUAAUAAAAUACACAAGUAUACUAAUAUAUAUAUAUAUAUUUGUGUAUGUAUAUAUAUAUAUACGUAACUGAAGAUCGUGUAGGUUGCAGUUUGAUCUUGAAUUGGUGAUGAUCAGUAAUACGGAAGCCGUUACUUAAUGAAUGAGCGAAGCUAUUUUUCUCAAGUCACGAAGAGCAGAUUUUUGACACAGCGUUCAGCUUUGGAUGUCUCACGCCCCAGCUCAUGAUCAGAAGUAUUAUUUUUUUUGCUAAACUCAUUGGGACGUUUCGAAACCGUACGUAGAAAAACGUAACUUGCACAUCGUUAUCUUUGGAUGUGGCUAUAUUCUGAAUAGCAAAAAUAUUGUUUUUUAUUCGCUACUCCUUUGUCGUGUCUAUAGCCGUCUUUUUCUGUGUGUGCUUCAGUACAUCUAAUCGCAGUUACUGUCUGAAUACUACUAAGUAGGUGCUGACAUUGUUUCUGCUGUGGCCAAAGUGCUUAUGAAAUUUGUGAGUAAAUGAUUAUUUAAGAUUUGAGCUUAAAACUGGUUUAAAACUUGAUAAAAAUAAGUUCCUUUUCUUCUUCUCGGUUAACCAAUCAUGAAUUUUGACAUUUCGAAAAAAAAAUAUUCCGAGACGUAUGCUAUAGGAAACUAUGACCGUCAUUGAGAAGCAGUGAUGCUGGGUCAGCGUUUACUAACAAGAAACAGAUACGUCAACCAAAGAAGCUGAUCAAUAUAUAUAUGCAAGGUUCUAUGCAAGGUCUUAGCAAGAGAAACCAUAUAAUUUUCUAAAAAUGAAUAUAGUACAUUGUUCAGCCUACAUAACAAAAAAUGAAGUAUUUCAAACUGAGUGUAUCCAUAAUUUGCAAACAACGGCCGAUGCGUGGUAAGACUCGCUACGGCACAGGUCAAGUGGCGAUUGUUACUUGAUAUUGGAGAUACGCACGGCGCUAGCUCCGGCGUUAGCUUCAGUGCGUGUUUCACGCAUUUUUCUACUCAUCAAUAGGGUCGUACGACUCUAUAAUGAUCCUGCAGUAACAAAACGUUGAUUUUUCGUAAAAGUUUUUUUUUCUUAUAUUACACUUAUAUAUCCUCACAUCCUAAUUAUCCCCUGUUAACUUUUCUUCUUGUUAAAAUUUCAACUUACAGCAUACCGCCUGAGCAACAUUAUAAUGAGUACGCAUUUAGUGCCAAAUCUAUGAUCAAUUAACAAUCAUCGGUAUUAUUGCCUGGCUGGAUUUUAAUAAACUAGCUUAUGAUAAUGUGACAGGUAUUUAUUUAAUCUCUGUAGAACUUAAGAAUUCAACUUCUGCCACAACAGCGGAACCGUUUGUCCUAGCUACUCAUAUUAUAGUCAUAUGUUGUAUUAAAUGGAACAAUCAGGCAGUGCAUUUAGGUUCUGCAUAUUAUCAUAACACUCGCUGCAAGGACAGUUAUACAUGCUUAAAAUAAAUGGUCAUUUAGUAUUCACAAAGCACCUUUGUUUGUCAAAUAAAGUUUGCGUGAAUCUCAACCUUGAAAAUUAUACUGUUUUGAAUGCCAUGCCAAGGUAAGUAGAUCUAUGCACAGGUUCUCGAGAUAGCUUACAGAUUAACUUAUUUGUUUGUUGAUAUUGGUAACACGUUGCAAACCCAGAGGUAGACACACCUCGUUUUGUGCUGGAAGCAAGCCAUCUGAUGGAAUGCCUAAUGGCAAUAGCAGACGGAAAACUCGAAAAAUUGAAAACUCUAUUCGUAGAAUUUGUGCUGCUGCGGAAGAUUGGCUUCCUACUGUCACCAAGCCGAUAUUUUUAAUAAAUUAAAAAUUG